GCUCCUUUCGACACAUACAUAUAUACUCCAAACCACCGAGUGAUACCCGUGCCAUCACCACCUCAUCCUUUCAGCAAACUCGCCAUGGCUAUAGAUACUCCUGCGAACCCCACCCAUGAAUCCCAAGUUGGAAAUUCCCCUCGUCAAGUUCAACCUGGAGCUAAGGUCCCCUGGUCCACCGGCCUCUGUGACUGCUUCUCCGAUGUUCCAAAUUGUUGCAUGACAUGUUGGUGUCCCUGCGUUACUUUCGGACGGAUCGCUGAGAUUGUUGACAGCGGAUCCUCGACUUGUGCUUCAAAUGGAGCGCUUUACACACUAAUAAAUUUUAUUUCGGGUUGUGCGUGGUUGCGCUCAUGCGUCAACCGCUCCAAAAUGAGGAAACAAUACAAGCUCGAGGGGAAUGCUUGUAAAGAUUGCCUCGCUCAUUUCUGUUGCGAGACCUGCGCCUUGUGCCAGGAGUACCGCGAGCUCAAGAACCGCGGAUUUGAUAUGACACUGGGAUGGGAUGGAAAUAUGCAGAAACAGUGCCCAGCAACUACGGUUCCGGCGGUGGAAGGAGGCAUGUACCGCUAGGCUGCAAGUGCUUAUUUGCCUACGUUUUUCAAGUCCUAACUACGUCUAUUCUACUUGUUUGUUUGUGAUCAUUUAGUUAUGUUUGCAAUUUAUACUGAAUUUAUAUUCCAUUAGUUUCUAAUUGUGUUUGAUAA